GACACGCACCAUCGGCCCAAGAGAGGGUGGAUUUGGAAUCAGUUCUAUGUUCUGGAGGAACACAUUGGCCCAGAGGCUCAGCAUGUCGGAAAGCUACAUUCUAAUUCAGACAAAGGCGAUGGGUCAGUGCGUUACCUGCUCUCAGGGGAAGGUGCCGGCACCAUAUUCAUCAUCAAUGAGGUCACCGGUGACAUCCAUGCUACCAAGAGCCUGGACAGGGAGAAGAAGAGCCACUAUGUCCUCCAUGCCCAGGCUAUCGACCGGCACACCAGCAGAGCCGUAGAGCCGGAGUCGGAAUUCAUCAUCAAGGUCCAGGAUGUUAACGAUAAUGCGCCCAAGUUCCCCGAUGGCCCCUUUACAGCCUCCGUGCCGGAGAUGGCGGAUAUCGGUAUCAUUAGGACUGCCUUGGCCAACAUGGACAGAGAGACCAGGGAGUUCUACACUGUCAUCAUCCAAGCCAAAGACAUGGCUGGCCAGGUGGGAGGUCUGUCUGGAUCAACCACCAUCAAUGUCACUCUGACGGAUGUCAAUGACAAUCCCCCCAGGUUCCCGCAGAAGAACUACCAGCUCUAUGUUCCCGAAUCAGCACAGGUUGGCAAAGCAGUGGGCAAAAUCAAAGCCAACGACGAAGACCUCGGCGUCAACGCCGAAAUGACGUACCGCAUUACCAAUUCAGAGGGAGCUGCCAUUUUUGCGAUCUCGACUGACAGUGACAAGAAAGAAGGCGUUAUCUUGCUAAAAAAGCAUCUGGACUAUGAGAAGAAGAAGGCGUACACUCUUCACAUUGAGGGGAUCAACACCCACCUGGACUCCCGAUUUUCCCACCUGGGCCCUUUUAAGGACACCACCUCUCUGAAGAUCAUCAUAGGAGACGUGGACGAGGCGCCGCUGUUCUCCAUGGACUAUUACAUCCUGGACGUCUACGAGAACGCCCCCGCGGGGACCGAAGUGGGCAUGGUCACCGCGCUGGACCCCGACAGUACCAAGAGCGCUGUAAGGUAUUCUAUUGACCAAACCAAUCAUGCAGACACGAGUUUCAGCAUUGAUGCCAACACUGGGCGUAUAACCACUAAGCAAACGCUUGACAGGGAAGAGGCUGCCUGGCACAACAUCACAGUGAUGGCAUCGGAGAUCGAUAAUCCCAGCCUUGUCAGUUAUGUUCCGGUCACAGUACAAGUGUUGGAUGUGAAUGAUAAUGCGCCGUAUAUUGACACCGAAUAUGACAUCAUUGUGUGUGAAUCCUCCAGGGUCGGCCAAGUGAUUCAAACGAUUAAGGCCACAGACAAAGACAACUUUGCGAAUGGACACUUCUCCUUCUCUCUGCCCAGUGACCCCCCGGGGAACCCCAAUUUCACCCUGAAGGACAACGAAGACAACAGCGCGAGCAUCGUGUCGCAGCGGCGCGGCGGCUUCAGUCAGACGGAGCAGGAGCUGUACCAGCUGGCCGUGGAGGUGUGGGACGGCGGCGAGCCGGCGCUGGGCAGCGUCAGCACCCUGGCGCUGCGCGUGUGCCCGUGCCAGCGGGGCGGCCGGCUCCGGGCCUGCCAGGCGCAGGCCUUCCUGUCCUCCGCCGGACUCAGCACCGGGGCCCUCGUCGCCAUCCUCCUCUGCAUCGUCAUCCUGCUGGCCAUCGUGGUGCUGUUCGUCACCCUGCGCAGCAAGAAGAGCAAGAAGGAGCCGCUCAUCAUCUCCGAGGAGGACGUGCGGGAGAACGUGGUGACGUACGACGACGAGGGCGGCGGCGAGGCGGACACCGAGGCCUUCGACAUCGUGGCGCUGCGGAACCCGGCCGCCGCCGAGGAGCUCCGCCUCCGCCGGGACGCCCUGGCCCAGGCCUGGGAGGUGGCCGCCGCCGCAGCCGCCGCCGCCGGGGCCAGCUGCACGUCCCUCAUCCUGGACGAGGAGGACAUCCACAGGGUCAUCAGGGAGAGGGUGGUGGCGGCCGACCGGGACAUGAGAGGCCCGCCGUACGACUCGCUCCAGACGUACGCCUACGAGGGCCACGGCUCACUCACCGGCUCCAUCAGCUCGCUGGACCUCCCCACCGUGCCGUCCGAGCUGGACCCAGCGGAGCUGGACGACUGGGGCCCGGAGGUCCACACGCUGUCCAUCCUUUUUAGGGAGCACGACAACGAGCACAACCCCUGACAUCAAUCACUGUUUGAUAUGAGGCCAGGCACAACAACAACUAAAGACACAAAGAAGUACUUUUUGUUACCAUCCGACUCAUUUCCUAAUGAGAGGAUUCAGCAGAGACUCUGUUUUUUAAAACUGUGCAGAUUUGUUCACUUUUGAUGUACCAUUGACUGUUCUUUUUCACUAGGUUCUACAAGUGGAAGGAAACAUGUGUUUUUCGAUUAAAAAGCACACAAUUAUGUAAAAAAUAUC